AAUCGCCGAAAAGCGGCGACGCAUCGCCCUCCAUCGCCCGGGUGGGAUGCGUCCUCCCCGUCUCCUCUUAACCUUCCCAAAUCCGCCACCCUCCCUUUAUCUAUUCCCACGCCAAACCCUCGCACAUGCCCUCCAGCCCCGCAUUCGCGGCGCCGAGGACAGCCAGGGAUCCUGUUGCCAUAGCAAAUCUAAUUAUAGCCGAAGGAGGAGGAUUCACGGGCGCGGCGGCGGUUUGCGGGCUAAGGGGGGUGGUGGUGGUGGAUGGAGCUCGGAUCUGGGCGCCGCCCCUUUCGUUUUCGCGCUGCGGGCGCAAGAAAACGAGGACGGAGGACGACAGACGGCGAGGUGGUGGGUGGUGGCAGUGGCGCGAUGGGGUCGCACGGGGUAGGUACCCUCCACCGGUACCUGGGCGAGGAAGGAGCAGCAGAGAUGCAUGGGGAUUACAAUCAGCAGCAGAGUCCUCCCAAGUUGCUAACUUUGCCCACGGUUCUCACGCUCGGCCGGGUGGCUGCCGUUCCCCUUCUCGUGAGCAGUAGCUUAUCACAUGAAUGGCUGCUGGGCACCAACUGCAACAACUAGCAUCUUUCUUGUUGCAGCAUUCACAGACUGGCUAGAUGGUUAUAUUGCACGAAAGAUGAGGCUAGGAACGGCUUUUGGUGCUUUCUUGGAUCCUGUAGCUGAUAAGCUUAUGGUUGCUGCCACAUUAGUGUUAUUGUGUACAGAACCUGCGGACAUUGUUUUAUUUGUUGAUGUACCAUGGCUUUUGACAGUACCAUCAAUUGCCAUCAUAUGUAGAGAGAUAACAAUGUCAGCAGUUAGAGAGUGGGCUGCAUCCCAAGGAAGUAGGGCCCUUCAGUCUGUUGCGGUCAGCAAUCUGGGAAAAUGGAAAACAGCAGCGCAAAUGACUGCACUGAGUAUCCUUCUUGCUACCAGAGACCCAAGGAUCAGAUGUUAUUGUUUCUUCUGGCGUACUUCUGUUAUAUAUAUCUGCGGCUCUUUCUGUUUGGUCGCUAAUCAUGUACAUGAGCAAAAUCUGGAGGGUAUUACUUCAGUAGUCAUGUCUAGCAUUAUAUCAAUACUCUGGGAUCUGAUGAGGGGCACGGAUUCUGUUCCUCUAUGUAUAUGUCAGUUGAUUCCUGAAGUUGUAGGAACAAGCUUUCUUCUCCAGAUCUCAUGGUUCCAUUCACUAACUAGUAGAGAAGGCUUCUGUUCAUAGAUGAACUGCAACCAGCAGUGAUUUUAUACCACUUGUUUACAUUUACCUGGGACUGGAUAUUCUUGUUGGAGAAGGAACAAUUUGGAGCCUUCACUGUGUACCGGCCAGGCAUAUCUGGAGUUUAAUUUGGACAAUAAUUCCAUCAUCGAAUUUCAAGAAGUGUUUUGGUUCACUCGUAGGUGGCAGUUUACAUCAGUUACAAGAGGCGCCGUUGUUUCAUUUUCUUUAUGAAGGAAUGCUGGUGGACAUUUCUAGAUUGAGGUUUAGCAAACUUCAGAGUAGUAGAGAAGCUGGAACAUCUGAAUCAAAUGCCAUAAAGUAGGGAGAUAGUUGCAUUAGUCUCAUAAGAUCCGUGUCAAUAUUAUUAAGACUGGUAUGAAUUUGCAUAUGCUGAUGCAUAAUAUUGUGAGCAGAUGGUUUUACGGUAGGUGGGCAAUAUGAAUAGCAUAUAGUCUACAAUACUACAUAAUACACUCGGUCAAAGAUUUGUAUGAGGAUUUUCAGAAGUCUGGUCCAUUAUUUCAUAUUUGUUUCCCUGGUUUUGUUAUCUCUGGAUGAAGAUAUAAUUCUCUGUAAUAUUUCAUUAUGUGGCGUAUAUAUCUCUGUCAAAUUUGGCCGGAAUG